AUGGAAUGGGCUGGUGUAGUCACCGUCCUCCUUGUUAUCUGUGUUUCUUGCCAUUUGCUCAUAUCAUCUAAGAGGAAACGAUUGCACAAGGGAAGGCUUCCUCCGGGACCCACUCCCCUGCCCCUGAUUGGGAAUUUCCUGCAGAUCAAGUCAGGAGAAACCUUAAAAUAUCUUCUCAAGCUUUACGAAAAAUAUGGCCCUGUUUUCACGGUCUAUUUGGGAACACGUCCAGUGCUGGUCUUGUGUGGACACCAAGCUGUGAAGGAGGCUCUAAUAGACAAGGCAGAAGAGUUCAGUGGAAGGAGUACCAAGCCUACAUUUGAGAUGGCUGUUGAAGGAUAUGGGGUGGGUUUUUCCAAUGGAGAACGCUGGAAGCAACUACGCCGAUUUUCCAUCACCGUUUUGAAGAAUUUUGGAAUGGGGAAAAAGUCUAUUGAGAAACGAAUCCAAGAGGAGGCCCAAUUCCUGCUGGAGGAAUUUCGUAAAAUGAAGGGAAAACCUUUAGACCCCACCGACCCUCUCAGGAAUGCCGUCUCUAAUAUCAUUUCCUCUAUUGUAUUUGGGGACCGCUUUGACUAUGAGGAUGAGGAAUUCCAGGCCCUUAUGAGGCUAAUAAACGAUUUCUACUGGGAAGCGAGAAACCCACUAAACAUGAUUUCUCUUCUCAUGCAGCUCUAUGACAUGUUUCCCACUUUUCUGAAGUACUUCCCAGGGCCCCACAACAGGGUCAAUGACAUUAUGUCACAUUUGUCUUGCUUCAUUGCCAAGAGAGUGAAGAAGAACCAAGAGACCCUUGACUCUAACUUCCCACGUGACUUUAUUGAUUGCUACCUCAUCCAGAUGGAAAAGGAAAAAGGCAAUCCACUUAGUGAAUUUACUAAUAAGAAUUUGGAGGUGAGCAUCUUUACUCUGUUUUUUGCUGGAACAGAGACCGUCAGUUCAACCCUGAGAUAUGGCUUCCUGUUUUUGAUGAAAUAUCCCGAAGUGCAAGCAAAAGUGCACGAGGAAAUAGAUCGAGUGAUUGGCCAUAAUCGCAUCCCAAACAAUGAAGACCAGAGGCAGAUGCCAUAUACGGAUGCUGUCAUCCAUGAAAUACAGAGAUUCUGCGAUCUCGUACCUAUGAAUGUGGCCCACAUGGUUACUUGUGAUACUGAAUUCAGAGGAUACUUUAUCCCUAAGGGAAUGGAGGUUUGCCCUGUGCUCAGCUCUGUUUUGCAUGAUCCCACAAUGUUUAAAAACCCCAAUGUUUUCAACCCAGAGAACUUCCUGGAUGAGAAUGGAUGCUUCAAGAAGAAUGAUGCCUUUGUGCCUUUCUCCUCGGGGAAACGGAUUUGUCUGGGUGAAUCAAUGGCCCGCAUGCAGCUUUUCCUCUUCUUCACCACCAUCCUGCAGAGUUUCCAGUUGAAGCCCCUUGUGCCCCCAGAAGACCUUGACCCAACCCCGCUGGAGACUGGAUUUAUCAGUGUCCCACCCAUUUAUCAACUCUCCUUCAUCCCACACUGACU